AUGCCUAUUGUUGAUCUACAACCAGCCCAAGUCCAGCAGACAUCGGAUGCUCCAUUAACUGGUGUUUACUCAAGUUCUGGAUUUGACAUGGUAGGCAUUUUAUCUCGACUUGUCAAUAGACCGAAUCCACAAAUCAAUCUGGGUCCUAUUGAUAUGUCCUGCUCCUUUUUGGUCACGGAUGCUCGUCAGUUUGAUUGUCCCAUCGUAUAUUGUUCACCCACAUUUGAACACUUGACAGGUUAUCAUGAAAAUGAAAUUGUCGGACGAAAUUGUCGUUUCUUACAAGCUCCUGAUGGUCAAGUAACAUGUGGGUCGCGCAGGACGUAUACUGAUAAUCAAGCUGUUUACCACUUGAAAGCACAAAUGUUGCAAAACAAGGAACACCAAGCAAGUAUUAUCAACUAUAGAAAAGGAGGACAGCCCUUUGUCAAUUUGGUUACAGUUAUUCCCAUCACGGACGAUAAUAAUCAAGUGUGCUUCUUUGUUGGGUUACAAGUUGACCUUGUAGAACAACCAAAUGCUAUCCUAGAAAAAAUGAAAAACGGCACUUAUAUGGUCAACUAUCAGCAAAUGAACAUUCCUCCUUAUAUUCCUGGAAGCAGCUUCAGUUCGGAGCCAGUGGACGACUAUUUCCGAGAACUGCCAACCAUUGCUCCUGCCUCAGGGACCUUGGCCUCUCCUGAAAUAUUGGAACUUGUCAACUGUAGUGGCGAAAAUGAACAGCAAUUACAGCAACAGUGGAAUAAGCUCCUUUUGGAUCAAUCUGAGGACUUUAUCCAUGUCUUAUCUCUCAAGGGCUUUUUCCUUUACUGUUCUCGUUCUACUUCCCAUUUGUUAGAACAUGACCCUGAAGAACUUGUUGGGCAUCCUCUGUCAUCUAUCUGCCAUCCUUCCGAUAUUGUACCUGUGAUGCGUGAAGUGAAAGAGGCCGCUGGUAAUCCCGAUAAAGUUGUCAGUCUCAUCUACCGUGUCCGUCGAAAGUACUCUGGAUACAUGUGGAUAGAAUGCCAAGGCAAGAUUCAUAUUGAUCAAAGCAAAGGUCGCAAAUGUCUUAUUUUGGCUGGCCGUGAGAGACCAAUGUACCAGAUGCUUCGUAAAGAAAUGGUUCAUGCUCCUAACGUUGCGACUGGUUCUGAAUUUUGGGCAAAGGCAAGUUUGAGCGGACUCUUCUUGCAUGUAACAUCUACGAGUGAAGAAGUCGUUGGUUUUGCUGCUGAUGACUUAAAGGGUGCUACACUAUAUCAAUACGUUGGUGAUAACAAUGUCCGUGAUAUCACUCGUGCCUUGGAGCUGGUAAAGGAUGGACAUAUCGUUAAUUUACAUCAUACCAUGCAAAACAAGAAGGGAGAAUAUAUUCCUAUUUUCUCCACAUUUUAUCCAGGAGAUACCUCUCCAGGUGUUGGUCGUCCUUCCUUUGUUCUUGCACAAAUCAGAGCCAAGGAAUCUGCAUCUAUUGAUGGAUGCCCUGUUCUAGAGUCAGUCUCUCCUGAUGUCCACGGCGAAGACAAUGAUGAGAAUCUUUUUGCGGAAUUAGAGACGGUCAGAGGUACCUCAUGGCAAUAUGAACUACAUCAGCUUCAAUUAGCAAAUCGAAAAUUGAAGGAGCAGCUUGAGAGUUAUAUCAAUCCCAAGACUAAAAAGCAAAGGAAAAAGCGGACAGCUGAUUCAAGUGAUAUUCCCAAGAUGUGUGCUCAGUGUCAAAGCACUGAUUCUCCCGAAUGGAGAAAGGGUCCUAAUGGUCCAAAAGAAUUAUGUAAUGCGUGUGGCCUUCGUUAUGCAAAAGCUUUGGCUGCACAAAAGUCAGAUACUGUUAACUCUCAGCAGUAA